GAAGAGGAAGUGUUUCCUGGGUCCAUGCGCUGCAAAGAUGGCGGCGGCGGGUGGUGGCGCGAUGGACGCGGGGGCGCUGAUGGAGCAGGUCAAGGUUCAGAUCGCGGUGGCCAACGCACAGGAGUUACUGCAGAGAAUGACGGACAAGUGCUUCCGGAAGUGCAUCGGAAAGCCCGGAAGUGCCCUUGACAACUCGGAGCAGAAGUGCAUUGCAAUGUGCAUGGACCGCUACAUGGAUGCCUGGAAUGCCGUCUCGCGUGCCUACAACACCCGCCUCCAGCGGGAGCGCGCGCACAUGUGAGCCACACAAGCCCAAGACUAUGACUGCUGUUAUUCCUGAUCAAUAAAUAUGUUGCUUGCCCAUCAGAA